AUGAUGAAAAACGCGGAGCAAUACGUGAUCGAUCCGAGGAAAGUGGAGUCGAACGAGGACCCUCGGCAAUUCCUGAUGAUCCGGAACAUCCCGAACAGCAUUUCGCAGGAGGAAUUGCUGUCGAUUUUGGAGACGUAUGUGCAGGGAGAGAUCGAGUUCCUGUAUCUGCCGAUCGACAAAGUGACUUCGUGCAAUCUGGGAUAUGGGUAUGUGUCGUUGUUGAACUGCUCGAGUGUGUUGAAAUUGUAUAAUGCGAUGCAUAAGAAGAGAUGGCCGAAGUCAUCGAGUUUGAAGCUCUGCGAUAUUGUAUAUGCGAGAAUACAGGGACAUCGUGAUUAUGUGAAAAUGUGUGACCGGUGGGAGAUAAUGAAUGAGUCCCCCGCGCUCCAGCCGAUUUUCUUUAAGAAAGUCGAGAAGGAAAAGAAUGGUGUUAAGCAGGUGCUAAUGGUUCGUUCUUCGUUUAAAGAGCUACGAAAACGGCACCCCUAA